AUGAUGUCGUUGCCUAUUAUCAGAGUUCAUUGGUUGGACCAAUCCAGAGCAUUCAGACUCUUGUGGUUAUUAGACCAUCUAAAACUUGAAUACGAAAUCGUUCCUUAUAAGAGAGAUGCAAACUUUCGUGCUCCUCCAGAAUUAAAGAAAAUCCAUCCAUUAGGAAGAUCACCAUUGUUGGAGGUUGAAGACAGGGAAACUGGUAAGAAAAAGGUGCUUGCCGAGUCCGGUUUCAUUUUCCAGUACGUUUUGCAGCAUUUCGACCACUCUCACGUUUUAAUGAGCGGAGAUUCUGAUAUUGCCGAUCAAGUCAAUUACUAUUUGUUUUACGGUGAAGGUUCGUUGCAGCCACCUUUGAUGAUCGAGUUCGUUCUGUCAAAGGUCAAGGAUUCCGGUAUGCCUUUCCCUAUUUCAUACUUGGCAGGAAAAGUGGCAGACAAGAUUAGCCAAGCCUAUUCUGGCGGUGAGUUGAAGAAUCAACUAGACUUUCUAGAGGGUGAAAUCAAAAAGAACAACGGCUACUUGGUCGAUGGAAAACUGAGCGGUGCUGAUAUUCUAAUUUCCUUCCCCUUGCAAAUGGCAUUUGAGAGAAAGUUUGCCAAAGCUGAGGACUAUCCCGUUAUUGCAAAGUGGCUGGAAACCAUAACAUCAGAGGACUCGUAUGCCGUUUCCAAGGAGAAGGCUCGCGCUUUAGGCAGCAAGUUCUAA